CUUCACCUUCUCCAGCUGAGCUACGGGAUCCAUAGGCAGCGUGACAGACCUCACUCAUCAUCAUCUUCUACUUCUUAGUUGUGUUCUAAGAACAACAUUAUUAAGAUGGCUGACUUCUCAGGCAAGUGGGUGUUUGACCAUGCUGAGAACAUGGAGACCCUUGCGGACAAACUGAAGAUUGACCCUGCUAAGAUCCCCAAAGAUCGUUCCUCAACUGUGGAGAUCAGCCAGAAUGGAGACAACUUUCACAUCGUUUCAGUUGGGGGCGGUAGGACACGUGAUAUGAACUUCACGAUUGGCAAGUCGUUUGUCGAUCCCGACAUACUGGAACUGCGUAGCAAGGAGAUUCAAGUAACACCUAGCUGGAACGGGAGCAAACUGGUUCUAACUGGUCCCAAGGGAACCAACAGUGCUACCAGGGAGAUGGUCGGCAGUCAGAUGGUUGUCACCUUUAACUGGGAGGGGGUCGUGGGCAAACGGUUCUUUAAUAGGGCUUAAAGAUUCAGGCUGCAAUCGACUUGCCCUCUCUAAAGAAUAUCGUUCAUAUUCUUCAUACAAAGCCUUGCCAUGUAAUAAAAGUUAAUCAAUUUUUGACUUACUUAAAAUCGAAUGAUAUAUUGCAAGUUCAUUGUGGGCAAACCGAAUCGUAGAACUACUAUCAGCAUAACAGUGAUCUGGCCUAUAUGACUAAAGAAAACACGAGUUUAGUAUCCUAAGCUAUAGUCUGAAGGGGAAAUAAAAUUGCAUAUCUCAUAUUAACUUUUAUGUAGUGUGUUUAUGAUUGUAUUUUUCUGUAUAAAUCAUUUGAUUGAUUUCUCUAAAUCACAUUGCAAAGAUAAUACACCCUAUAUUAUCUAAACCAUUUCCCAUGUAAAAGUGGGGAUUGGUAUAACUAUAUAAUCGUAAUCACUUUAUUAAAAAAAAUUGGGUAAUGUUCGCCAUGAAGUAAAACCACCAACUCCAAUUGAAAAUGUAACCGGAUGUGACAUAAUAUCUUCAUUGCAGGGCUAACACAAUUUUACUAAAAUGCAAAGAUCUGCAAUUACAGCUAUCGAAAUGUCGAAUUAGUAGUGCUAAUGAAUUUGUCUGAUUAUCGGACCCUCGUUGCUACCAGGGUUGCUGUGACUGAUAUAACGUUAUAUUAAACGAAGCUUUGAUAUGAAUUUGAUUCUAUUUUGACAUUUGUAUUGAUUAUUUCGUUUUGUGAGAUCAAGAAUGAUUCAAUGUCUCGUGUCUGAUGACUGUGAAGUAUGACUCAUUGUUGGUGAACUUCAAGCGAGAAAUUUAAUGACAGUUUUAAUGGCAAUUAGGUGGUCAUCUUUCAAGAAUCAUAUGAAAGUUAUCACGAGAGUAAUAAAGAUAUAUAUUUUAGCUCCCUAUAUAGUCUCUCUUUAAUACCAUUUAUAAUGUAGCAAUUUGUGGUAAGCGUUAUUUAAACAGUCCUGUGGUUUUGAUUAUAAAAACACAUUUUAAUGUACAGACAUUUUUCACCUAUACAAGUCAACUUCAUACGGAAUACCUAUUCCACCUUUUAAAAAAACCGCUGAAAGAUUCAAUGCGAUGGAUUUCAAGAGGCCUAUACAGACCAUUUUUAAAAUUCCGCUUAUUUUUUUAAUACACAACACAGAGUGAAUGCAAAUAAGGUAAUAGAUUACGUCACCCACCUACAAAUUCUAUUGCAAUUUUGCUUAAGAUAUAUGAAGUAAUUGAAUGUGUAAUUGUGAUUAGAUAUAUCCUUACAUGGUCGAAUUAAAUCUACAAAAGUGAAACAUUCUAUAUUUCAAAACAAAAGAAUUAUAGGGAUAUUAUCUCGAUCGAUCAGGUAUCAUUACCUCUGUUGUGUUAAAAAAAUGAAGAAAAAAAAAGCGAAACUUCAUAACUUUCUCAAUUUAUAUCGAAUUCUGAUUAAAUUUCAAGCAUUAUGCUUCUAGGUGCGAUUUUCCCUUUAUAUUCAAACCAGCAUGUUCUUACAUUGAUGCGGGGCAUAUUGGCUCAGUGUAGAGCGUCCGCCUCAGCGGCGUAACAGGGGUCGGUGGCCAGGGGGGGCAAGAGCCAAAAAUUUCCCGGUCAUAUCAUGGUAUGAACAGGCGUAAUGGUGUAAUGAGGCGACUAUUUUGAGAAGGCCAGAUAUUGCGUAUCGCGUAUCGGGCGGAAUUUAUCUUUAAAAAAAAAGUUACGAGGGAGCGAAGCGAGCGAGCAAAAAUUUUGACAUUUUUAAUACAAAAAUCUAAUUUUAUGAUAGAUUUUGACAUGAUAUCCAGAGAAAGAUAUAUUUCACUCUUCUCUCUUUAGAUUUUUUUUUUGUGGUCUAUACGCCACUGUGAACUGCAGCAGUAGCGUGAAGAGUAAAAAAACUAAACGAGGGGCACAGUAUAGCACAUGUGCUAAAAGGCUACUUUAUAUAAGUCCCGAGCGAGCGAAGUGAGCGAGAAAAAAAUAACCUUUUCAUGAGAAUCUAACUUUUAGCUAUUUUUUGACAUUAUAUUCAGUAAAUAAAAUCAUAUCCUACACU